CCUUUGAAAUUACAACUGCCCGCGGACCCGUGGAACGUUUGCCUGGCACCAUGUCUCUCCGGUUUUCUGGCGGAUCCAGGCACGCUGGCCUACAGUCAGGAUCCCUCAGGCCGCCCAGCGGAGGCGCAGGCUUUGCUGGGAGCAGUGCGGCCGGCGGUUCAGUUGCUGGUAGUGGAUUUUCUUGGGCCUUGGGAGGGACACUGUGCAGUGCUCCUGGUGGGAGCCACGCUACUGGUGCCCUGGGAAAUGUCACUUGUGUUGGCUUCGCUGGAAGUGAAGGAGGGCUCCUCUCUGGAAACGAGAAGGUCACCAUGCAGAAUCUCAACAACCGCUUGGCCUCUUACCUGGAUAAUGUGAAAGCUCUGGAGGAAGCGAACACUGAACUAGAGAGAAAGAUCAAAACUUGGCAUGAGAAAUACGGACCCGGAUCUUGCCGUGGGCUUGACCGUGACUACAGCAAUUAUCAUCUAACCAUUGAGGACCUUAAAAGCAAGGUCAUCUCUUCCACGGCUGCUAACGCUAAUAUAAUUCUGCAGAUUGAUAAUGCCAGACUGGCUGCUGACGAUUUCAGACUAAAGUAUGAAAACGAACUCACCCUUCACCAAAAUGUGGAGGCCGACAUCAAUGGAUUGCGUCGCGUCCUGGACGAGCUGACGCUCUGCAGGACGGACCAAGAGCUGCAGUAUGAAUCCCUGAGUGAGGAGAUGACUUACCUCAAGAAGAACCACGAAGAGGAAAUGAAGGUUCUGCAGUGCGCAGCCGGAGGUAACGUGAAUGUGGAGAUGAACGCGGCCCCGGGCGUGGACCUCACCGUCCUGCUGAACAACAUGAGAGCCGAGUACGAGGCCCUGGCUGAGCAGAACCGCAGGGACGCCGAGGCCUGGUUCCAAGAGAAGAGCGCCACGCUGCAGCAGCAGAUCUCCAAUGACUUGGGCGCAGCCACCUCAGCCAGGACUGAGCUGACAGAGCUGAAGCGCUCCCUGCAGACGCUGGAGAUCGAGCUGCAGUCACUCUCAGCAACGAAACACUCUCUAGAGUGCACCCUAGCGGAGACCGAGGGCAACUACUGCUCGCAGCUGGCUCAGAUCCAGGCUCAGAUCAGCGCCCUGGAGGAGCAGCUUCACCAGGUGAGGACGGAGACCGAGGGCCAGAAGCUGGAACAUGAGCAGCUGCUGGACAUCAAGGCUCACCUGGAGAAGGAGAUCGAGACCUACUGCCGCCUCAUAGGCGGAGACGAGAAUUCCUGCUCUAGCUCAAAGGGUUUUGAAUCUGGAACCUCGGGGAAUUCAUCCAAAGAUGUAUCCAAAACCACACUGGUGAAGACCGUGGUUGAAGAAAUAGAUCCGCGUGGUAAGGUCCUGUCCUCCAGGAUCCACUCCAUCGAGGAAAAGAUGACCAAGAUAAGCAACAGCAAGGCUGAGCAGAGGGUUCCCUUCUAGCUGCCACGCUGGGAAGGGGGGGGUAGCUUGGGGACGGAGCCAGCAUGGCUGCACAGUUCUAAAACUCAGGGAGAAUGGAAACGCUUUCUUCUAUUACAGAUAAGUGACCUUAGACAAAAUACCUGCUUUCUUAGUGACUGUCAAAGGAUGCUGGGUGUUUGUGUCCAAAUAAAAUAACUGAUGGUAACACA